AUGUAAGUCAGAGAGUGACUGACCAUCAUCUGUGAGACGCUGAGGACUUUUAACAUUCACUGUAAACUGAGGCCUGGAUCCAAAAAGCACAAUGAAUGCAAGUACAUGCUAUGGUAGUGUGGUGAAUUCUAGACAAGCUCAAGAAUUUUGUACAGCUCGGGGAGGAGGCCCAGUUCCUGAGGUGGUCUUGGAAUCGGAACUGAUAGAACUCGGAGAAAGUGAGGAAGUGGUUGACCUCACCUCUGACUCUCUCGAACCUGCAGUGAUUGACCUAACUCACCAUGACUCUGUUGUGAUUACUGAGGAAAGGAGGAGGCCAAGGAGAAACAAAAGGUCACUCCAAGGACAAACUGGCAUCUGUGUGCUGAGCAGUGAAAAGAAGCGGGUGAUGAGAGACAGAGAUGUAUAUGCCCUGGAAAAAGAAACUUUUAGGUGCGCACUACCUGGUUAUGUCCAGUGCCGGAUUUGUAUGGACGGGUACUUGGAGAUUGAAUUGAGUAGACGGCAUAUCUAUUCCACAGCAUGUGGCCACAUCUUCUGCAGUCAGUGCCUCUGCACUUUCCUUAGAAAUACUAAAAAUUGCCCAGUUUGUUUGAAAAAAAUUGACCGCCAUCAGUACCACCGAAUUUAUAUAUAACGUGUGCUUUGUUCCUCAGGAUAGACAACCCCCUGACUGGAUUUUUCCACGUCUUUGCACAGAAACAAUGGAGUUGUUGGUAUCCAAUGCUCUGAGCUCCGAAAGUCUGAUUUUAAACAUUGUUCUCUUGAGUGUAUGAAAACUCUUUUAUUGCUCACAAAUGACGAGACUGCUUUUUUAUUCCUUUGGCUUCAUGCUGCAGGCCUGGACUUUUGUUGCUAUAGUGAAUCAGAAACUGGUGGUUGUCCUCAAAGCAAUUUUCCUUUUUUUUCUUCUCAUAGUAAUCAAUUUUUAACUGGUCACAUGUGGGCAUUUUGGAUCAUGUAAAUAAGAGCAACAUCCUAGAGACGGGGAAGCAAGUAGAUGGAAGGAAGCUGGGAGACAACUCUGAAAACCGGAGCCACAAAGACAAGUUUGGACUUGUAUGAGAUAAAUAAAUAAACUUCAUUCUUUAAGCAACUAUUA